GAAAAGAGAACUGGAGGAAGUUGACAGGGAUGGGCGGGGCCCGUGGGGGGGCUGACCAGGAACCCAGCUUCCUGCUCAGUACCCAGGCAUCCAGCCCCUGGCUCACCCCCACCCCUUCCAGCCCCCACUCCCCUCAGGAACCUAGGGUUCCAGCCCUCCUCCCAAAUCCCAGCUACCCCACCCCCAUCAAUUUCUCCCCUCCAGGGGAUGGAGGCCGAGAGACCCCAGGAAGAAGAGAAUGGUGACCAGCCUAGCCCCCUGCCCACCACACCCCCACUUGAUUGGACCGGAUGUCUCCCAGCAUCAGGGCCCCCAUCAGGAUGAGCAUGGCUGGCCCCCUGUGAACACCACCACUCGGCCUUGGCGAUCUGCUCCUCCGUCCCCUCCUCCUCCAGGGACCCACCACACAGCCCUGGGGCCCCGCUCGGCCUCCCUGCUCUCCCUGCAGACUGAGCUCCUUCUGGAUUUGGUGGCUGAGGCCCAGUCCCGCCGCCUAGAGGAGCAAAGAGCCACCUUCCACAUCCCCCAGAACCCCCCAAGAAUAGCCCCAGCCCCACUUCGGCCUCUUGAGGACAGAGAACAGCUCUACAGCACUAUCCUCAGUCACCAGUGCCAGCGGAUGGAAGCCCAGCGGUCAGAGCCUCCCCUACCCCCAGGGGGACAGGAGCUCCUGGAGUUGCUGCUGAGAGUUCAGGGUGGAGGUCGAAUGGAGGAGCAAAGGUCCCGGCCCCCCACACAUACCUGCUGAGACGUGAGCCCCUCCACCAGCCCCUCCACACUCCUGGGGCUCAAAGCUGGGCAGCAUGCCCUCAACCCCUGCUUGGCAGGGGCACCAGAGACUGGAAGACCCAGGAGAAAUCUCAAUAUCCAUCAUCCUCAUUCACCUUCCCGAGGAACAGAGGAAGUGAAAGUCCUGGGAAUAGGGUAGGAUGGUCAUUUAACUCCCUCCCCCAGUACAUGGGAGCUUGAAGCAGUGAGAAGAUCCCAGCCACUGAGGAACACCCCACCCCCUCCCCUGAUCCCAAGGAGUGGCUGGAAGUCUUGGUCCUGAGCUGUGGGGAUACCCCCAGUAGUCUAGCCACUAGGCAGGAUCUGAGGGCUCAGGCCUCUAUCUCCCAAGAGAAGGCAAAUCUCCCAAAGUUAGGGCCUGAGAGACAGUUCCACCCUCCUUCCCAGUAAGAAGAAAGGGAGAGAGGGCAUUACAAAAAGGUAAGACCAUUCGCCCACCCCACCACCAGCACUCCCACCCCAGGACUGAGGGGCCUUACAGGCUGUGAAUGGACACUUAGCACUGCCCACCCUCCCUCCUCACUGCUGCUCCGAGUCCGAUGUUUUGGUUGUAUGAAUAAAUGUAAUUCUCCUC